AUGUAUAGGUCUCGAUAUUAUUAUUAUCUAAGAUAUUUAAACUUGUUCCAGAUGCCAAGAAACUGCUGUGUGCCGAGGUGCAAAUGCAAAUCCAACUAUAGGAGACUGAGGAACUGCAAACAACAUUUUCAUUUCCAAAAACUUCCGAAUUACAGAAAUUAUGGCUAAAAGCUAUACACCGAGAUAAUUAUACGGUAACAAAAAAAGUCUGUAGUGUGUGCGAAACAUUUUGAAAAAAAUGAAAUCAUUAGAUUUGAAACAUACAAAGAUAAAGAAGGAGUAAGUCGAGAACACAAACUUAAACGUCCAAUCCUCAAAAGCAACGCUGUACCACAUAUUUUCGAAAACCAGCCCAAAUAUUUAAAUAGACCUGCCCCUACCAUCCGAAAAAAUCCUGAAGCUAGAAAAAGUGAUAUUGUUAAAAGACAUACCGAAACUGUAGAAAAUUAUCUUCAAAGUGAUCUGAUUCCAAGCUUUGAAAAUUUUGUAAAACUUCUUGAAACUAAAAUAACUCUGAAUAAAUGGCAAUGUAAAGUAUCUUCGACAUUUGUACAUUUUUAUAUGUUAAAUAUUGAUCGUGAUGGAUAUGACUGUGAUAUUGAAAAUUUGAAAAUUGUUUCCAGUGUAAGUGUUAGCCAAGAAUUAGUGGUAAGUAUUUUUGUUGGAGACAAUGAGAUUACAAGUAGUGACCUUAUGUGGAUUCUACCGAGUAGUAGAAAACUCAGUAGGUGGUCCCAAAUAGAAAAUUUAUUGACUCGAUACACUUUUGUUAAUGACAUUUCUUUAGAUUCAAUUUAUUGUUUUAAAAAAGCUCAGUAUUAUCUUCAAGAAGGUAUCAAAAAACUUGAUGAAGGUUGUGAGUACAAAAACUUAUUAGGAAUAUUAUUGAAUCAACUCUUUUUACUUGAUUGUAAAAAGAAAAGAUAUAGCAUGCCAACUAUGUUGUUUUCACUUAUUAUUUUUUGUCAGUCAUCAUCUACCUAUGAAAGAGUGGCUCGAUCAGUUUUGAAGAAUAAUAAAUGUGAUAAAUGUCAAAGUUUAGUAGUUCUAGCAAAAGACAUCCAGACGGAUCAUACAUAUUUUAAUUCUCUGCAGAGAGGGGGUCUCUGUAUUGCCACUCAAGAAACCAAGUUUAUUUAUUUUCAUCUUUGUGCUAUCUUCGAGUAUAUAAUUAAUAACAAAGAUCUUGAAAGUAUGUUCCUGAAAACAAAUGAUCAUCAUAAUUUAUUAUCGCAGCUUACUUUAUUAGCUUUAGAGUCCGAUACCUUUAAUAUUGAUUUGAACAAAAUUUGUGAAUGUGGUGCUAACUCAAAAAAAAUUUACUCCUUUGCUUCUUUGAUAAUGAGUAAUAUUAUUUUAAACAACUACACAAAAUUUAAAAAUAGUGAAUGUCAUAAAAAUAAAACAGAUUCAAGUAAAAAAAGAAAACUAACCACUUUGAAAUAG